UUAAAACGGAAUCCCCCUUUUCAGAUUAUUGUUUUAAAAGAUAAUUAGUUGAUAAAGAGUAUUAAAAAGUAAAUGUAUUUGUCACUGUUAUACAGGAUAGGAACGCUUGAUUCCAUACCGAGUUUCUGCUCGGUCAGAAGUUCUGUGAACACGCCACGGUCACUUUGGGAUUGGAUUUACUCUGAAGUCAGUGAUAAUAUAAAAUAUAUUUGACGCAAUAAAAUGCAGUUAUGUACUACAAGAAAUUAGCAGGAUUAGCUUUCGGGCUGUUAGCAGAAUCUAAGUUUAAAUGCCCGUUAACCCGAGGCGCGUCCUCCAGAGUGAACGCAGUGCGGUCUGUGUGCAGCUGGACGGUGUGCCUGCAUCACAGACAGAAGAAUCAGCUGUCAGAAGGUUUCUCCCGCAGAUUGACCUGUAGAAAUGUCCGCACGGUAUCCCAGACUACUCUCGACCCCAACGAAGUGCGGAAGUUUCAGGCCAUGGCUAGUAAAUGGUGGGACUUGCAAGGAGAGUUUGCUGCCCUGCACUCCAUGAAUGACCUGAGAGUGCCUUUUAUCCGGGAUAAUUUGUUGAAUGUGCAUGGCAUCCAGGAGCUGGGCAAACCUCUGGCUGGACUGAGAAUUCUGGAUGUUGGCUGUGGUGGAGGCGUGCUGAGUGAGCCACUAGGGAGGUUAGGAGCAGACGUCCUGGGAAUCGACCCAGUGGAGGACAGUGUGCGGACCGCAGAGCUGCACUCCUCCUAUGAUCCAGAUUUACGGGAGAGAGUUCGCUAUCAGGCCUGCACCCUGGAGGAGCUUGCCGAAGAGGAAGUAGAGGGAUUUCAUGCUGUAGUGGCAUCUGAGGUGGUGGAACAUCUGGCCGACCUGGACGCCUUUGCCAGCUGUUGCCAGCAGGUGUUGAAGCCUGGUGGCUCUCUUUUCAUCACCACUAUUAACAAAACCAACUUGUCCUACGUUUUCGGGAUUGUGGCAGCAGAGCAGCUGUUAAGGAUUGUUCCGAGUGGCACUCAUGACUGGGAGAAAUUCAUGAGCCCAGAGGAUCUGGAACGACUUGUGGAGUCUUUUGGUUUCUACGUGGAGGCUAUCAGAGGCAUGAUGUACAAUCCUCUCAGAGGAGCGUGGAGCUGGCAGCAGAGCACGGCCAUCAACUACGCAUUGCAUGCAAUCAAAUGCAAAGAAGAACCCCAGCCUGGACAGGUCUGGGCUGAGAGUAAGAAUCUGGAUGAACCCGGUCAAGCUACAAAUUACAGUUAAGCCAUUAUAAUGUUGAAACUAUUAAA